UUAAUAACCUACUAGGUACCUACACUUUAGGCGAUUUCUGGCGAGAAAAGUAACCUUCAGUAAGACCGCUUUCAAUUUCUGGCGAGUAACUAAUGACGUCACGUCAUACUGUAGUAUGCUAGAGUAACCACUAACCAAGUAACAUGCCCUUACCUACCUUCAACCUGGAGUAAGCAAUAGUAAAGUUAACUUUCUAACCUCAAUUUGUGAGGUUGGUUCUUUUAUUUAUGUUUACAUAUUACUUAUAGGUAUAAUGGAUAAUAGUCUAGAAGAUGAUGAUACUUUAGUGGAGGUGAAGUUCUUAAUUAACAAUGAAAUUGUAACAUUUUCGGAUAGUGGGGUGGUUGCAACAGCACUAAAAACAGAUGCCAAUUUUGUGCUAGAGUACAUAUCAAGGGCAAUAGAGGAAGGAUUUUUAGAACAAUUCGGUGUAUGCAAAGGCACUUCAAUUGCCGACAUAGAUAUCUCUCGAAUUUCUGAUGAAACUCCUGAAACUAUUGAAACCGCAGUCGCAGCUGCUGAAACCGACCAAGAAAUCUGGAGCAGUAGAGGGAAACCGACCGACCUUGAUAGGCGUGCUACAGAAUACAUGUUGGAACUAAGGAAUUCUGCAAAAUUUCAAACUUUAUUUGCGGACAAAAAAACUGUAAAAAUGUCUAUAUGGGGGAAAAUUGCAGAGCUACAAGAAAAAGAAGAAGACAUUCUAGUGAUAGCGAUGAUGAUGAUUAAAAAAUUGUUUAUAUUUUUAUAUGUAUAUCUAUUCAAGCAAAAUCAGUAUUUAUAAUUUUUUUACAAAGGAAUUAAAGAGUUUGUGAUAUCAAAUCGC